AUGCCUUACUCGGCAUUGCCAGACUCUAUAAAGGAGUCCGGCUGCCGGGUCAUGUAUAUUUGCCGGAACCCUUUCGACACUUUUGUCUCCCAAUGGCAUUUCUUAAUGAAAGGUUCGGUCCAUAUUGGGCCCACAUGCUGGGUACUGGAAAGAGAGUACAGAGAGACUCAUAAGAUGUUGUUUUUGAAGUAUGAGGAGAUGAAAGAAGAACCAAGUUUGAACUUGAGAAAAUUGGUUGAGUUCUUGGGGUAUCCAUUUUCAUUGGAGGAUGUUGGGAAAUCGGAGCCUCGUGCUCGGACUCACAACGAACAAAAACACUUCAAGAUCUUGGGAUACUAUCGUCACAGAAAACAAACUAGAGAAAAGGAAGAGAAAGAGGAAUAG